AUGAAGGCUAAUGGCUUGGAUACUGAUCCUGCAAGGACGCCACUACACAGAACGAAUAUAGAAAAUGAACAUUCGGAGGCGGAACCGUUGCUGAACAACAAUCACAGGACACUUGGCGGGAGCUCAGCCAACAGCCCAACUGUCAACGAAAGUCGCGAUAUCGAAUCCGACGGGUUCAUUAAAGAUAGUCUAUUUCAAAUUCGCAAGGGUUAUAGGAUUUUCAUUCAUAAUUCCAAAUGGAUUUUGAACAUUCUAAUCCUUAUUAACACUGUUUGGUUAGUUACUACGUUGAUUUCGGAUUUCUUUUUCAAUAUUAAUAUUCUCUUUGGAUUUAGCAACAGGUACGCAAGUUUUAACGACCUGACUUUAAUUUUUAUUUCGAUUAUUGCAAACUCUUUCAAUCUUUGGUUUAAUAAGCUGGGACUGUACUCAGCUCUGGAUUACAGUCUGAAUGUAACUCUUUGUGUUUUGACGCUGUUCAAUCUAGCAUUAACUUAUCUGAUCAAAUAUACUAGGCAAAGAAUUGGAUUCAUUGGCACUUUUACAUAUUUAUGGACUUCAUUUUCCUUUUUUGUUGGGGCCAUAUUAGACUGGUAUCUCUUGUUUUACAAUAACUCAAUGAAUGAGCCUUUGGAGGAACGGAUAGUUGACGAUACUACUGAACGUGCCACCGAAGACAGAGACCAAUAUGGAUCGGGUUCACCCACCCCUACGCAACGCUCCCAACUGGUUAGAAACAAGCAUACUUUAACAGAAUGGGUAUCUAUUGGAUUUAGAAAUACUAUUAAGUUUGCCAUUUUGAUCUUCUUCGCAUUAUUCACUCUAAAUACACUUCUGACUACACUAGAUACCUACAGAUUGACGCACAAAUUACCGAUUUCUGUCCAGUCACCUUCUUACGAAGCGUUCCAUUACGUCGAUGCUGCCAAGACCUAUCAACUACACAUAACUUGUUAUGGCGACGUAUUUGAUCUGGAAAACAACACAGACUCAAUGGAUGGAGACAAAAAGAAGCAACCUAUCAUCCUGUUCGAACACGGUGGUUACGAUACCGGUUAUCUCUCAGCCACUUGGAUUGAAGAGUUAUACCAUCUAGACAAGAUACAAAGGUACUGUCUAUACGAUAGACCUGGGUAUGGAUUGAGCGAUUCACCUCCUGCCCCAAUUUCUAUUGCAAUGGUAGCAGAGUCUUUAAGAUAUGCAUUGAUCAAAGAUGCAAAAAUCAAGGGCCCCUUUACUACAGUGGGCUACGACCUUGGCGGAUUAUUCACAAGAGUUUUUACUGCUAAGAAUGUUGAUAUUGUUGAUAGCAUGAUGCUGGUUGAAUCGUGGCAUGAAGAACUGUUAUUGAAGAAUUAUAUUCAAAGACUAUUACCUCCAGGCCGUGGCGAUGACGAUGAUGGGCACGGCGAUGACGGUGAUGAUCGUGAUGGCCGUAAUCAUGAUAAGACUUGGUUACCGUCUGAUAUUGAGAGACACAAUGAAUUCAAGUUAUGGUGGAAAGGAAUUUGGUCGAGUUUAGGAUGGAGAUUACAGACUUCGUGGUUGUUAGCUCAUCAUGGAUCUAAAGAGCGUAUAUAUGGGCGUGAUAUGAAAUACCAGGGACGUUUCUUGCGUUCUAAAUUCUUGGAAAGCGUAACAAGUUCGAUUUUAAGUUAUAGGGAUGUGACAAACAACGCCGAGUCUUUGCAAAACGUGAAGACAAGCAUUGUCAGCUCUAAAGAAAUGGUAAAGAAAUCAGCAUUAUGGGGUGAUUGGCAAAGAGACUUGACAAAGAUUUCCCAUAAGACGCAAGAAUGGAGAAUAGUUGAUGGCGGACACGAAAUAUAUAAAUAUGGUCUUGGCAAGCAACAAACUCAAGAAGUUCUAUUAAGAUUGAUAGGUGAACUUGGAAAACUGACCCAGGACUAG